AUGUUUUUUUCUGGACUGCAGUGGGAAUGCUGUGGUGCUUUCAGAGCAGACGACUGGAACCAAAACAUCUAUUUCAACUGCACUGAUGCAAAUCCAAGUCGGGAAAAAUGUGGCGUUCCCUUCUCCUGCUGCACCAAGGACCCGGCGGAGGAUGUGAUAAACACUCAGUGUGGAUAUGACAUUCGAGCCAAACCCGAAUCUGACCAGAAGGACUACAUCAAUGUGAAAGGAUGUGUACCCCAGUUUGAGAAGUGGCUGCAGGACAACCUCACCUUAGUGGCUGGCAUCUUUAUUGGGGUUGCGCUUCUGCAGGUCAGUUCCAGCAAAGUUCAAGAGUUCAAGCCCGCAUAAUGCUCCA